AUGAAAGUCAGCCAGCUCUAUGUCUACCCGAUUAAAUCCCUCCGACCAACAACAAUUACGGAGGGAAUCCUAACCACACGGGGCUUUCAAUAUGACCGCCACUUCAUGCUCCUCAAAGUCAUCGGAGCUGAGGAUGGCUCCGGCACCACAACCCUGAAGAACAUGCAUGUCCCGCACUUCCCAGAGAUGGCCCUCUUCCACACCGACAUUGAAUAUCCACAGACAGACAAGGACAGCGGGAAAUUAGUUAUCACAUACAACCCUCCUCUAUCAGAGCCAGCUUCCAAAGCCCUUAAAACCAACCGACUGCAAAUCCCACUCCAGCCCAACCCCAAAAGCCUCAAACCCCUCAAGGUGGUAAUGCACCAGAGCCCAACGACAGGAUACAACAUGGGCGCAGAGUACAACGACUGGUUCAGCGCCUGCUUCGGGUACCCGGUUGUCCUAGCCUACCUUGGACCAAAUUCAAGAGAGGUACUGGGCACACUCGCGCCAGCAAAGCAAGACAAAAAGUCUGCGCUGCGCACAAUACGCGAAAGUCUAACAAGACCCGACAGGAAAUGGGAGCGGGCCCUUCUGAUUCUCAUUGUAGCUUCUGGGAUUAAUAUAUUCCUUCAGGGUAGUACCCUCUUCCGCGACGGGAUAAUCCCCCAAACAGCUCGCAAUCUCACGCCCACGCUCCUUUUCACUGCUAGUGCAGCGGUGCUAGCGUUGGUGCUAUUUCACUUCUACACUCAGCACGCAAAGAACAAGGAUCGCAUUACCUUUGCGGACUGCGCGCCUUAUCUCGUUAUCUCCGAGACAUCCGUUGAUAAUGUCUCAGCGCGGCUGCCGGAGGGGGAAGAGAUGGACCGCACAAAAUUCCGGCCUAAUAUUGUUAUUUCAGGGGCUGGGGAGGCCUUCGAGGAGGACUUUUGGGGUGCGCUGACUGUGAGCGCAGGAUCAGGGCGCGGGUCACCUAAGCUGUUGCUGACGGGGAAUUGUGUACGCUGCCAGAGCCUUAAUGUUGAUUACGAGACUGGGAAGAUGGGGACUGGUGAGUCCGGUGCUGUGCUUAAGAAGUUGAUGAAGGAUCGCAGGGUGGACUCUGGGGCGAAAUACAGUCCUGUUUUUGGUAGAUAUGCUUUCUUGGAACCGAAGGGCGAGGGGGUUAGUCUGAGGGUUGGGGAUGAGGUUAUAGUUGCCGAGAAAGGAACUAGAAGAUCUGUUUUUGAUUGGCCUGGCCUGACGAAUUGA